AUGAAGAUCGAAAACCGCACCUUCAUCAUCUCCGGCGGAGCAUCCGGCCUGGGCCGAGCCACAACCCUCGACAUCGUCGCCAAAGGCGGCAACGUCGCAAUUCUAGAUCUUAACGAAUCCCUCGCAAACGAAGUAAUCUCCUCAACAUCCCCUUCCAAAGUCAAAUUCUUUUCAACAGAUGUCACAGAAACCGAACAAGUCGCCUCGAGCGUAAAAUCUGCUGCGGAAUGGGCCGUUUCAUCAAAGGCUCCAUUAGGCGGUAUCAUUGCCGCCGCUGGUGUCGCCAAUCCGGCUUUGACAUACGGACGUCAAGGUCCCAUAGAUCUCGAUGGGUUUAAAUUUGUGAAUGAUAUCAAUGUUGUUGGAACUGUUGAUUUGAUUCGUAACGGACUCGAGUAUCUCACUAAGGUCGAACCGGAAGGGCCGGAUGGUGAGAGAGGGGUUAUUAUCAUGGUUGCCUCUGCAGCUGCGUAUGAAGGACAGAGCGGACAGCUUGCAUAUUCGGCCAGUAAAGGUGCUAUUGUCAGCAUGACGCUGCCGAUGGCUAGAGAUUUGAGCCGUUAUGGAGUUAGAGUUAUGACCCUUGCGCCAUCGAUGUUUGAUAGUCCAAUGACCGAGAAGAUGUCGGCUAAGGUUAAAGAGAGUCUGAUGCGAUCCAUGGAAUUCCCCAAACGCCCUGGCAAGCCACAUGAGUUCUCGCAGGUUGCUGUUGCUUGCAUUGAAAGCACCAUCCUCAACGGGGAGGUCAUUCGACUGGAUGGUGGCAGUCGCAUGCCAGCUAGGCUAUAA